UUAUCACACAAUUUCAACCCCAAAGCAAAAUCUCUCUGCUCAUACUCAUACCUCACCUAACCCUUCAAAAUUCAAUCUUCCUUGUACCAUUCUCUUUGCUCUAAAGCUUUCUCACAACCCCAUUUUCAUUUAAUUAAAAAAAAAAAAAAAAACUUUUCUUUUUCUUUUUUGUGUUUGUAGUAACAGAUCGAUAUGGCUCUGCAACGUUUAGCUGCUUCUUCUUGUGGAUCGAAUCUCUUGAAACCCAUCUCCGCCGCCUUAUCUCUCCGCCGUCCGAUCUCAUCGGAUACCACCACAAUCACCGUCGAGACCUCCGUGCCAUUCACCGCGCACAACUGCGACCCUCCCUCACGCGCCGUCGACACCACUCCGAAGGAGCUUUUCUCCUUCUUCCAUGACAUGGCCGUCAUGCGCCGCAUGGAGAUCGCCGCCGAUUCGCUCUACAAGUCGAAGCUCAUCCGUGGCUUCUGCCACCUCUACGACGGCCAGGAAGCCGUCGCCGUCGGCAUGGAGGCCGCAAUCACCAAGAAGGACUGCAUCAUCACCGCGUACCGCGACCACUGCAUCUUCUUGGGUCGCGGCGGAAACCUACUUGAGGUGUUCGCUGAACUCAUGGGUCGUAGGGAUGGGUGCUCCAAAGGAAAGGGUGGUUCCAUGCAUUUUUAUAAGAAGGAAGCUGGGUUCUAUGGUGGCCAUGGCAUUGUGGGGGCUCAGGUUCCACUUGGUUGUGGCUUGGCUUUUGCUCAGAAGUACUCAAAGGAUGAGACUGUGACCUUUGCUUUGUAUGGUGAUGGUGCUGCUAAUCAGGGACAGUUGUUUGAGGCCCUUAAUAUUUCCGCACUUUGGGACCUCCCUGCUAUCUUGGUCUGCGAGAAUAAUCAUUAUGGGAUGGGAACUGCGGAGUGGAGAGCUGCUAAGAGCCCUGCUUAUUACAAGCGUGGGGAUUAUGUUCCUGGAUUGAAGGUAGAUGGCAUGGAUGUUCUUGCUGUGAAACAAGCUUGCAAAUUUGCGAAGGAGCAUGCUUUGAAGAAUGGGCCCCUUAUUCUUGAAAUGGACACUUACAGAUACCAUGGCCACUCCAUGUCUGAUCCUGGCAGCACAUACCGCACACGUGAUGAAAUUUCUGGUGUGAGACAGGAGAGGGAUCCAAUUGAGAGAGUAAGAAAGCUGUUGUUGUCUCACGAGAUUGCUGCUGAAAAAGAGCUAAAGGAAAUGGAAAAGGAAAUCAGAAAAGAAGUUGACGAAGCCAUUGCCAAAGCAAAGGAGAGUCCAAUGCCUGACCCGUCUGAUCUAUUUACCAAUGUAUAUGUUAAAGGCUUAGGGGUUGAGGCAUAUGGUGCUGAUAGGAAAGAAGUGAGAGCUACUUUACCAUAAUUGAGAACUUAGUCCUUUGAGUAUCUUACUACCUUGGUACCAGACUGAUCAUAAUAAUGAAAGAAUAAAAGGUUCUACGGCCGGUCAUCUCUCUGCCUAUUGGUUGAGUUUUCCAUUUGUGUAUAGUAAAUUCAUUCUUGAGUGGCAAUGGGUCGGAAAUUAAUACUUUUUUUGCCAUGUAAUUUUGGAGGAGCUAACGGCCAUAGCAUUACUGUGAUUGAUGCAACUGGGUGGUGUUCUGCAAAUUUGAGGAAUUCAUUCUGCACAACUCCCCUGAACUUGUCUUCCUCAAUUGUUGGCAAGUAUUUGCCAUUAGUUUUAUUGUUAAUUCUCCAGAUUGUGUUUUAUGGAAACCAUUUUUUGGUUACCAAGAAUUCACUUUUCUUUUGUUGUAUUUCUAAAAUUUCAUGCUUGCAAUUUACGGAUUAAAUUAUGGAUACGGAUGCCUUU